AUGAAUGACUUGAAGAAAAGCAAGCUGGACGAGAAAGGGCCUGUGAAAGCGCGAACGACAUAUCUCUCACUAGAUGAGGAGAGCAUUGCUGAGCCAGACACGCUCUCCCAUUUGGGGGCGGAGAUGCGCAACCCGCUAGUAGGGCUCUCUUAUCAGGAGAUCGAACGGGAUGUGCGCACAUUUGUCACCACUAAAGGGCUGGAAGAGUAUUACGAAGUAUUUCUCAAAGGGGCUCUGUGUGCGCAACUGCAAGGGACCGACGAGUUUCACUCCAUUUCGUCGCUGACAAACGAUGAUCGAGCGAUGUUGACACAGGAACGCCAACAUAAAUGGCGGCAACCAUUUAUGCUAUACUGGCUAGCUAUUUGCUGUAGUGUGGCCGCUGCUGUGCAAGGUGCUGAUGAGUCUGUGAUUAACGGAGCCCUCUUGUACUUCCCUGCGCAAUUUGGGCUGUACACGGACUACUGUGACUACUACAAAAAGAAUCCAGAUACUGGCAUUUGCAAUGGAUCACUUCUUCCGCAUGUGAAUGCAUCAUGGACGUAUGAAGAAGUCACGAACGAUAUAAGUAAGAACAACUGGCUCCUGGGUCUCGUAUCUUCUGCGCCGUAUUUGUGCUGCGCCGUUGUGGGAUGCUGGGUAACCAGUCCCAUGAAUCGGUUUCUAGCCAGGCGCGGUACGAUCUUCUGGUCUGCGCUUAUGAGCUUUGUAACAUGCAUUUGGCAGGCAGUCACCAACAAUUGGUGGCACAUGUUUAUUGCACGCUUCUUUAUGGGAUUUGGUAUCGGGCCCAAAUCCGCGACAGUGCCCGUCUAUGCGGCCGAAUGUGCUCCACCCAUGAUUCGAGGUGCGCUUGUUAUGCAAUGGCAGACAUGGACAGCGUUUGGUGUGAUGCUGGGCAACGCCUUUGGCCUGAUGUUCUACCAAGUCAAGGAUGCCUCAUCCAUUCACGGACUGAAUUGGAGGCUCAUGGUAGGCAGUGCUUGUAUUCCAGCAAUCUUUGUCAUGGCACAAGUGUACCUAUGCCCUGAAUCUCCGCGAUGGCUCAUGAAACGAGGCAGAUACGUUGACGCAUUCCGAUCUAUGCAACGUGUUCGCAAUGCACCAUUGCUGGCAGCGCGGGACCUGUAUCUAGCACAUUGCCUGAUUGAGAUUGAGCAUGAGAUGGAGGAAAAGAGAGGAGGCUCCUCUCUCUGGCAGCUAUUCACAAUCCCUCGGAUUGCGAGGGCCACAUGGGCAAGCACAAUUGUCAUGUUUGGACAGCAAUUCUGUGGCGUAAAUGUGAUUACGUUUUACUCAAGCACAAUUAUCAAGGAAGCAAACAAUAAGUCGCCCAGGGAUGCAUUGCUUGGCAGUUGGGGCUUUGGCUUUGUCGCCUUUUUGUUUGCGAUCCCAGCAUGGUACACAAUUGAUACAUGGGGCCGAAGGACACUAUUGUUAUUCACACUCCCGUUUUUGGCGGUAUUCUUGUUGAUCACCGGUUUUUCCUUCUGGAUCGACGCUGCCAAAACGGACACACGACUUGGCGUGGUCCUCAUGGGAAUUUACGUCUUCGCUGCCUUUUACGGACCGGGUAUGGGACCAGUCCCAUUUACCUACAGUGCAGAGGCCUUUCCCAUUCAUGUGCGCGAUAUGGGGAUGUCGUAUGCCACAGCAGUGCUUUGGUUUUUCAACUUUGUAUUAACAAUUACUUGGUUCCGCAUGAAGGAGGCCUUCACAACACAGGGGGCAUUUGGCUGGUACGCUGGAUGGUGUGUAAUUCUAUGGCUUCUUGUCCUUUUCUUCGUACCAGAAACAAAGGGUUUGACACUUGAGGAGCUGGACUCUGUCUUUAGUGUAACAUUUUUGCAGCGGAUGCGUAAGCUGCGUUUGAGACGCAAGAUUUGGCAUUAG